AUGAUAAUGGCAAUCGAUUGUAGCCAACGAGCAAUCAUUGCUCAGGCAUAUAAAUUACCAUCAAUAUUCAUAUUGAUCAUAUCAUUUUCAUAUAUUUCAUCUGAACAAUUAUAUUGGAUGUUAAUAUACAUGAUUAUUUUUACAUUCAUACCGAAUGCAUUACAUUCAUUGUUUGUUAUAUUCAUUGCAACAACAAUAUGGCAAAAAUAUCGCCAUUCAUUAUUGACUAAACAAUUAUAUUUAUUCAAUUGUUUGGCUAAUUUUAUUUCAAAUCUUAUCGAUCUGUACGCAUGGCUGGCACAUUCGUACGAAAUUGUUGGCAUUGAAAAUAUACCAAAUGAUCCAAAUUGUGCAGCAUUAAUGAUUUGUUAUCAUGGUAUAUUACCAACCGAUAUGAUAUUUGUUUAUAAUAAAAUCUAUAAAAAAUAUCAUCGUUUUCCACGUGCUGUUGGUGAUCGUUUUCUAUUCAUAUUUGGUAAUCUAAUACGUGAUUAUAUUUUUCCUGGUCCAGCAUCCAAAUGUAUUGAAACAUUAAAACAAGGACAUUUACUUGUUAUUGCACCAGGUGGAACUAGAGAAGCACAAUUUGCAACAACACAAUAUGAAACAUUAUGGAAUAAUCGUUGUGGUUUUGCUCGUGUUGCUAAAGAAGCAAAAGUUGAUAUCAUACCAAUAUUUACGAAAAAUUCUCGUCAAAUUUAUAUAAUACCAAGAAUAUUUCAAAUUCUAUUGAAACCAUUAUAUGAAUUAACACGUAUACCUGUUGUACCAUUUUUUGGUGGAUUUCCUGUUAAAUUAACAUCAUUUAUUGGUAAACCAAUUCAUUAUGAUUCAGUUGAUAGUCCCGAAGAAUUAGCAAGGAUAUGUCAAAAAACUAUUGAUGAUAUGAUUAUUAAAUAUCAAACAUUUCCGGCAACAAUUAUUGGUGCUAUUAAAGAACGUUUUAUUAAAUGUGAUAAUCAUUUGUCCAAAACAUCUAUUAGUAGUACUGAAACAUCAAAAAAUGAAUGAAUCAUCAUCAUUAUUUGAGAUUUUAUUAUUAUUUUAAAUAACCCGAAUGAUAAUUAUAUAUAAUAAAAAAUAAA